AUAGCAGGGAGGAAGGGGGGGCAGUGGGCACAGGAAAAAGGGAAAAGAGAAAACAGAAAAAGAAUUGCACACCACUAUGUCUGAAUAUAGCCUCUACUUGUAGAUAAUUCCAUCUGAUUUGCACUUUUGCCUUUUUAUUUCCGUUUUUGGACACCUCCUUUAUCAUCCAGCUAACUGGGAUAGACAAAGCACUGUUGGUGCCCUGAGCGACAGAACUCUGGUAGGGGGCUGGCUGUAAAUUGACGUGGCAUGGAAAUUCUCCGCUAAGUUGUAGCAGCUUGCAUGUUUCUCCUAAGAUCAAGCCCAGCCUCCCGGAGCUGUAGCUUAAUCAUCAUGGGUUCAACGACUUUACAGAAAAAUGGAUAGAAAAAUUCUUCAGCUCCUUUCUUUGGACUCAAAUGUUUUCUUUUUGAGUAUCUAUGGUUUAGCUGAAAAAACCAAAGCAGUUAAGUCUGUAACUUUCUUUUUGCAGCUUAAACAACAGAAUUUGCUGGUCUCCCUCCCCUAUCCUGCAAUUUAAUUCCUUACAGAUUUUGCCAUGGGGUGCGGACUUAGAAAGCUAGAAGACCCUGAUGAUAGCAGCCCUGGAAAAAUAUUUUCUACCCUGAAGAGACCGCAAGUGGAAACAAAGACAGAAUUUGCUUACGAAUAUGUAUUGCUGGAUUUUACUUUACAAGCUUCGCCUAACCCAGAAGUAAUCAAGAUAAAUUCAAUUCUGGAUAUAGUAACAAAAGUGGAAGACUACUAUCUUAAAGGAUAUAUUGUUGGGGCUAUUCAUCCUGUUAUACAACCUGUUGGGCAGCAAAAACACCUGCCUGCAAGUUACCUAUACAGGGUGGUGCUAUCGCGCUUGAAAUUAAGCACGAAGCAUUCGACAGCACCCAGUGGACAAAGACGCCCAAGGCUUGUGAUUGAGGAAUGUCCUCUAACUUUUGAGACACAAACAAAUGACGUAGCAAAAGAACUGAUAGAAAAGAUUAAUGGAGGUGCUAAAAGAGGAAUGAAAUUUGUUGGAUUCAUAUCACAGCACUGUCCACCACUUAAAUUCUGCAAUGGAACCAACCAGGAUGGAGAUACAGAAUCAGCACUACACGUGAGACACAGUUCAGAGGAAAACUGUAAAAUUUGGAAUGAAGGAACAUUAAGUGGGCAAUCAUCUGAAAGUGGAAUUGAGGAAGAACUACAUCAUGAAAGUGGACAGUGUCAAAUGGAACGAGAUGGCAGCCCCAGUUUCUCUAAAUCAAGAAAGGGAGAAGAUAACAAGUUGUAUACAGUCUUCAAUGAUUUUGAGGAUGAAUCAACCUGCUGGACCUAUCAGGAAGGCAUCUUGUCAAUGAAAGUAACGAGAAAAGGCUCUGUCGUUAGUACACUUGAUGCCGAUUGGCUGGAGUUAACUACAUUUUAUUAUAAACAAGGCUUGUCUUUAAUCGAUUCUUUUGUAUGCUGGGAAACAUCUAAAGGGGACCAUUUGCCGAAAUCUUUGGAAGGAUUCUUUAUCUAUGAAGAAGAAGGCUCUGGAGUUCCAGGAUUCAGCAGGAAAGGAAAUGAUGCCAUCGUAGUAGAACAAUGGACAGUUAUUGAGGGCUGUGAAAUCAAAACGGAUUAUGGCCCUCUCCUGCACACUCUGGCUGAGUUUGGAUGGCUCCUGACAAGCGUGUUGCCCACACCUAUACUGAGACAUGACAGUGAAGGGAAUUUGGCUACAAAGCAGGUUGUGUUCCUUCAGAGACCAGUUAUGUGGAAUUCAGCCACUCAAACACCGGAAAGGAAAGGCGGCCGGCACGUGAAAGGUGAAGACAGGAGCAAAGUCACGAGUAGGAGCGUCGGAUUGGACACGGCCCUGUCACACCCUGCAGAGGGCUGGAGCCCGCCCGAGGCGCGCCUCCUCGCUCCUUCUCGAGAAUGCUGGAUGAAGGAGAAGAGGCCGGCCCAGCACAGCAGCUUCUCCGGGUUCAGCAACAGUGACAGUGUCCUGCGGGAAAUAGAUGAUGGACAGUUUGACCAGGAAGAUGGAGUAACUCAGGUCACUUGUAUGUGAGCAAAGAAGGAACAGAGGCCUUGUAAAUAAUUAUUAAAAUAAUUGCCAAGUUACUUUAUUGUAUUGCUUUAUCUGCAUUUAUGGAAUGCUUUGAAUUUUUCCAGACUCAGGCUUUCCUCUAAUCUACGUAAACUUUGGCUCAACCUUCCAGGCAAGGAAGAAUAACCAACAUAUUUGUAAAUUUAGAAUCAUGUUUACAGUUUUCUCAACUAAAACAUCUGUUUAAGCAGAUGUCUUAUGAGGUUAUUAACCAAUAUACUUCAGUGUCUCAUGAAUGUGUAAGGUACACUUUUCUUACAAUUCCUGGUAAGACAACUAAAUAUCUCAACCAGUAUUUUCACUUAAUUAGAAAAUUCUCAGGUUAGAGCCUUACUUAAGCUGAAAAUUCUUUCUCUCUCUCUCUCUCUCUCUCUCUUUCACACACACACACACACACACACACACAGGGCUAAUUAAUAAAGUACCUAUUUCCUGAAUAUAACAAUUAAUCUAAAUUUUGUCUUUAACUAUGGCAGGUAUGUACAAAGCAAACCCUUAUUUGUUAAAAUAUUCUUUGAAAAAAAAUCCUUUUUGUAUGUCUUUGGUUUUAAAGGGUCACCAUGUUACCAACCUCGUACUAAUUCAGUGAGCUUAAACUUUCUUGUGUCUGAUAGCCUAGAAACACAGCAAAGCACCAUCCUUUAAAAUUCAAUAUGAGAAGAACCCACAAUCUCAAUAUUUAAAAACCGUAAUAGACAGAAUUAAUUUUCUUUCUUUUAAAUUGUAAAUAGUCUGAAAAGGGAAACAUCAACUUUAAAUGGAAACAAGUCUUUUAUCAGCCUAGAUAUGAAUUACGCUUUUAUUUUGAUUGCUAAAGCAUGAAGAAUGUGGAAACCCAGAAUUUUCAGUCCUGCAGGAGUAAAAAGGUGCUCAUAGCACAUGCAACGUGUACAGUGACUUAUCUGUUCCAUCUCUGCUUUUCUUGCUCUGCUAGUAGGGAUGCCUUUGCCUUGCCCAGCCUUUAACAGGUAAAGAUUAAAAUUUUACAAAAUAGAGGAUUUUCAUUUAUCUACGAAAGGCUUACUUUGAAAUGUGGUUUACUUCAAAUGAAUUACAACUGUGCCAUUGAUGAGUUCAGCCUAUUAUAUAUUUUUAUUAGCAUUGGUGUUGACAUUAUAAAGUCAUUUGAAUAAUAAAAUGUCAUUUGUAA